UUAACCCACCACCACCCUCCUCUCCCGCCCCAAACCCUAACCCUGCCCAGAAAUGUUCACACCCACGAACCUCCAUAACCAACCCACACCAAACCCUCAAAACCCCAUCCUCUGAACCCCACCAUGCAUCCAAACCCCCACCCAUACAAUCUCCAAACCCUAGGCGACUUUCACAAACCAUGUCCAACCGCGAAUCGUGGACCAUCGACCCCGAAAUCGACGGCAUCGACCUCGACCCAUCCGACUUCGGCUCCUCGGCUCCCUUGAAAAAGGUCCCCUACGGCGACGUCUUCGAGGCCUCGCGCGCCGGCGACGUGGGCCGCCUCCGGUACCUCCUCGACGCCGGCGUCAACGUCAACGCGCGGGACCAGUGGGACUCGGUGGCGUUGUAUUACGCGUGUCUGGCCGGGCAUUUGGAUGUGGCCAGGAUGUUGCUGGAGAGUGGUGCGAUUUGCUUCGAGCAUACGUUUGAUGGGGACAGGUGUCACUACGCGGCGUUGAAUUUGAAGGUGCGGAAGCUGUUGAAGGCGUUCGAGGCUCGGCCGCCGCCGUUGGGGCCGUUGCAGGCGGCGUUGAGGGAGACGUUCUUGGGGUGCUGGGGUAAUAGGAGUUAUCUUGAGCAGUCUGAUAAUCAACCUGAAAGAACAGGUAAUACAUCCAAUGGUGGAUCCAGCACUAGCCUCUUUCCUCCAGAUGUUGUAUUUUUUGUGCAAGGAAGGCCUAUUGAAGCUCAUAGGGUCAUCUUGAGCGCUCGGUCACCCUUCUUUGAGGCAAAGUUUAAGGCCGACUGGAAUGAUCGCAAGGAAGUAAGAUUCUCAAGGGAAAAGUUGUCUUAUCCUGCCUUAUACAGCCUCAUCCACUUCUUUUAUUCUGACAGGCUGGAUAUUGCAGUAGACGACAUGGAAGAUCUUGUGAGAAUUUGCAAAGUUUGCAAGUGCGAAUCGUUACAAAGGAUCGUUGAGAAAGAACUAAUUCACCAAAAGUACGCAGAGUACAAAUCACUCAGAGAUGUAGACGACUCCCAGAAACGAUUUAUACUUCAGGGCCUGUCCCUUCCUGAGGAUGACCGUCUUCCUGCUGCUUUGCAUAGGGUGCUUGAACUCUCCCUUGCCAAUUCAACCAGAGAACAGAUCCCUGGCAGCGGUGUUGAUGAUCUUGUAUCCAGUUUUGGUGCGAUUCAGGUGAGUAAGUUUGAGAAUGAUCUAGCAGAUGUUUGUGUAAAGGUUGAUAAAAAGAUAUUCCGCUGCCACCAAGUGGUCUUAGCAUCCAGAUCAGAGUACUUCAAAGCAAGAUUGUCCCGCAUGGAGGAUUUUCUUGAAGGAAAAGAUGGUUUACCUGAUUAUACUCUUCCCUGUCUUGAAGAACGUGAUUUGAGCAUGGAGGCAUUUGAGAAAAUGAUUGAGUACAUGUACACUGAUGGUUUGAAGGACGUAGAUCCGGAUCAGGCAGAAGAGAUAUUUGAUGCAGCUUCAAGAUAUUUGUUAUUUCCUCUAAAGCGUGCUGUUGCUGAUGUCCUGCUUCUGCAACUUGAAAUGAUUCCUCCAGCAGAAUUGUGCCAUUGGCUGAUCCUGUCAGACAUGUACGGCGUUGUGAAGAUUCGGGAGUACUGUCUAGACAUAAUAGCUUGCAACUUUGAGACGUUUGCUGAAACUCCAGAAUUCAGGGCAAUGCUUUUGACCCUUCCGCCCCCAUCAGGAGACUCAUCCCUUCGCACCACGGCACCAAGUGCACCAGGAGCCGGGGUGAAUACAGACCAAGGUAACCUCCUUGAUGAUCUCAGAGAGAAAUGGCUGGAGGCUGAAGCUGCGGAGCUUGACAAGAGAGAUGAGAGUGCACUGUUGUUUGAUAAGCGACUUGAGAUGCUUAUGCUCGUUGCAGAGCAAGAGAAGUCUGAUGAUCUUUGCAGAGCAAGAGAAGUCCGAUGAUCUUUCAGAUACAGAAAAUGUUUCCUCCCUCUCUGUUCUUACACCGACGUGAAAGAAAAGGAAAAGAAAAUUGUAGACGACAUUCAUUUUUGAAAUAUAGGAACAACAAUUAGUAACUUCUAGUUUGUUGUAAUUCAAAAAUUGCCACUGCAAAAUGAAUAAAAUUAGAGAUGGCAUUUGGGGCAAA